AUGGACAAGAGGAAGUUGUCAACGUCUGGAGAUUCUCUCUAUGUUACACUGAGUUUGGCAAAAACAGCAGAAACUGAAGAAAUUAAGAAAACUUAUCGAAAACUUGCAUUAAAAUUCCAUCCAGAUAAGAAUACUGGUAACCCCGAAGCGGAAGAAAAGUUCAAAGAGAUCAAUAAGGCAUAUAGAAUAUUGACAGAUCCAAGCAAACGUAAUAUAUAUGACAAUUAUGGUUCCCUUGGAUUGUAUAUUGCAGAGCAGUUUGGCGAGGAGAAUGUCAAUGCUUAUUUCUUUGUAACCUCAAAAUGGUGCAAGGCUUUAAUAAUUGGAUCUUGUGUAAUUACUGGAUGUUGCUGUUGUUUCUGCUGUUGCUGUUGUUGCAAUUUCUGUUUUGGCAAGUUUAAGCCUAAUGUACCUGAAGAUCAACAAGCAAAUUAUACAAAUUUACAUGAGGAUAGCGAAGAUGAUGUUGUAGUGAAUCAGCCAUCUUCUACAAACAAUGCUACGGGAGGUGCAGCACAGCACACUAAUGCGUUUGCCAUGCCACCACCCCCUUCGGCCAAUGAGACCACUGCACUGAAUCCAGAUGGUACUCCCACAAAGUACUCUGCAAGCAAAUAA